CAGAACAGCACAUUGGCGUCGUCUCAAGAGUCGCUUGCUUUCAAGCGCAGUCAAAUGGCGCCGCUCCAGAGAGUCACAGCAAACAGUCCGACCAGCUGAGGACAAAAACGCUUCUCUGGGAUUUUAUGUGUUUUUCGCUUUCUGUGCUGUCUUUUGUUAGCCAUGAUUUUAUCUACCUGCAAGUGCGGACAUAUAAGAGGACGUUAAGCAUAUUUCUGCAUGAAGCUGAUAUUAUUCCAGUGACAGAUUGACAACUAACAUACAGCAUUCAACCAAAGUAUCCCAGAUUCUUGUACCAUGAGCAUCUCUCGCUAUGAACCCAGCUGUGAUGUUGACCCGGCGCCCCUUCUGUCCUGUAAACUCUGUCUGGGAGAGUUUCCCAUGGAGCAGAUGACCACCAUAUCACAGUGCCAGUGCAUGUUUUGCAGUCUGUGUUUGAAGCAAUAUGUUGACCUGCUCAUUAAAGAAGGCCUCGAAGCGGCUAUUAGCUGUCCGGACUCUGCCUGCCCAAAACGGGGACAUUUACAAGAAAACGAGAUUGAGUAUAUGGUGCCUGCGGAGGUCAUGCAACGUUAUAGGAGACUCCAGUUUGAGCGAGAGGUUCUCCUGGAUCCUUGUAGGACCUGGUGUCCAUCCUCCUCAUGCCAAGCCGUGUGCCAGCUGAAGAAAGAAGAGGUGGAAAUUGCGCAGCCGGUGCAGUGCCCUCAAUGCAACCUGCGUUUCUGCUCCGCAUGCAGUAGAGACUGCCACACAGGCCAGGGGUGUCAGGAGGGCCUUCCAAUUACCACCUUCCUGCCCAGGGAGAAUAGUUUUAACCUGAAAGAUCACGACGACGAGGCUCCGAUCAAACGCUGUCCUAAGUGUAAAGUGUUUAUCGAAAGAGAUGAAGGCUGCGCACAGAUGAUGUGUAAGAACUGCAAACACGCCUUCUGCUGGUACUGCCUGGAGUCACUCGAUGAUGACUUCCUGCUGAUUCACUAUGAUAAAGGACCCUGCCAGAACAAACUGGGUCACUCCAGAGCCUCCGUCAUCUGGCAUCGGACGCAGGUUGUAGGCAUCUUCGCUGGUUUCGGUUUGCUCUUGCUGGUUGCCUCCCCCUUCCUUCUGCUGGCCACACCCUUUGUACUUUGCUGCAAAUGCAAGUGCAAACGUGGGGACGAUGACCCUCUUCCUACCUAGGGCCCUGGGCCACCUUCAGGAGUUCACCUUUUGGCUCAGUCGACUGAGGUUUAACUACAACCCCGUCUCUGAGCUGCUUUUGUAGCUCCAACUGGGACGUUAGUGGAAGACUCAGGUCUUGACAUUGAAACGGAGAGGUUUACAAAGAGGCAGAGUUGACAGAUUUAAGAAGGUCUAUAGUGUUUGAAAACAAUGAUUUUGAUCGAAGACACAGUUUGUUUUGGAGGAUUCGCACAUUGUUCUCUCUGUGAUAUGUAGCUUUCCUAAAUCUGUUGUCUUGUAUGUGUUGUCAAUCUCACCAUUCACUUUUUCUUCACUUUAUGUGGUGUUCACCAAAAAACAUUCAUUUGCUCACCUUAGGUCAAACCUGUCCAAAGUCUAAAGUACAUUCUUUCCGUAUGAAGAAACGGUGACCAUGGAUAGACUUUUUAUUGUAUAUCUAGGCACUGUUGGAUACUUGUGUAACUAUUGUGUAAAUACAGAAGAGUUUAAAAUGACUUGUAGGGUGAGCGAAUGAUGACCAGAUUUUCUUUUUUAAAGAAAAUAUCCCUUUAAAGCUAACUAAACGUAUUUUUGAUGUUGUUUAUUGUGGAGGAAGAAGCUCUUCUUCAACAGUACUUUCUUUUAUUUUUGUAGCAAAGUCACAUGACCUUAGUAUUUCUCAAUUUUUCUAGUCAACUUCUAAAUGCAUGUUGGAAACAGACAGGCCAAAGCAAGACUAGGACUUUAAAACAGAAGAUCCUCUUCUACAGUUUAUGCUUCCAUAUAUGCUUUGUUUUCAUGGGACAGCAAACCUUGUUCUUCCAUAUAAAUCAGUUUAGCACCACAGACGUAGCAAUCACACCACCUGAUGCCUUGUCAGAGCUCAUAGGGUUGGUGCUACAGAAAGACUCAGUCAGCGCUAUCACCGAAACCAAAAUCAAAUGUUUUAUGCCGCUUGUCACAUUGAAUGAUGUCAUGUACAGAGACGUUCUGUUGAUGUUAAAUAUGUUGCUUUUUGUUUUCCCCCUAAACUUUUGAUUGUGACUACAAAUCUAAACCCAAAUUUGCCAAUUUAGGUCAAAGUAAUCAGGUCAGUGAAGCUUUUUACUUUUCAGUCAGGUCUAGGAGUUGUUUGAUUAUUUAUUAAUUUAUUUUGAGGGGUAAUGCUUCAGAUUGCCAAAAUAUGUGAUGUGUAAACCAAUGUGCUCACUGUUUAGUGCAGUACUAUUUGGUUUAAAGCAAACCAAGUUUUUUUGUUGUUUUUUCUGUUAAUUAUGACCUUUAUUCAAUGUUUUGCACACUUUUAAGUGUAUGAAACAAUUUUUGUAGCUACCUGUAUUAUAUAAUGUACAUGUUUUUCACGUUUAAAUAUAUUAUGCUGCAAUGCA